AUGGGAAAUAAUGUCAUCUUUAUGUUGCUGACAAUGCUUUACUUUCUUAUCAACAUUGUUGCAUCUCUUAAUAGUUCCACCGAUGAAUAUGCUCUUCUAGCCUUCCGAUCUCAAGUAACUCUUGAUCCAAAUAAAAUCUUGGCAAAAAAUUGGUCGCAAGGAACCUCGUUCUGCAAUUGGAUUGGCAUAAGUUGUGGUAGGAGACAUCAAAGAGUUAGGGCCUUGAAUCUUGCAGAUAUGGGUCUAGGAGGUACUAUUGCUAAAGAAAUCGGUGAACUCUCUUUUUUGAGAUCAUUGAUUACUAGCAAUAAUAAUUUCCACGGAUUUAUCCCUGAUGAAAUUGGUAAUUUAAGUCAGCUUCGAGAAAUAGAGAUGCAGGACAAUGAGUUAAAUGGUCCUAUUCCAACAAGUUUUGGAUUUCUUGAAAAUUUACGGAAGUUAAAUCUCUCCUUUAACAAACUCAGCGGGGAUAUUCCAAACAGGAUUUUCAACCUCUCUUCUUUGAUAGAAAUUGGUUUAAGAAACAAUAGUCUCACAGGAAGUCUUCCUCCACACAUCUGCUACAAUCUUCCAAAGCUAGAGAGGUUAAGGAUUUCAGUGAAUCAAAUAAGUGGCAACAUUCCUCGAAGCUUGGGAACAUGCACGAAUCUUGAAGUACUUUCUCUGUCGUACAAUCAUUUCUCCGGAAGAAUUCCAAUGGAAAUAGGGAACUUGUCAAAGCUUCAAAUUCUAUAUCUUGGAAACAAUUAUUUGACAGGAAACGUUCCAUAUGAAAUUGGAAACUCAUCGGGACUUCAAUAUUUAUAUUUGAGUGAGAAUAUCUUUACAGAGGAAUUGGGAAUUGAUAGCAACCGUCUUCAGGGUCAAAUACCUGAUUCCAUCUUCAAUCUCUCCAUGUUACGAAUACUUUCUUUUACUGAUAAUAGUUUCUCUGGCAAUCUUCCAUUGUCAAUUGCCAAUGGGCUUCCUGAUCUUGAAAGUCUCUUUCUUGGUGGCAAUCGAUUGAGUGGAGAAAUUCCUGCCUCUAUUUCAAAUUUUUCUAAGCUUACUGAUUUGGAAAUUAGUGAAAACUCCUUUAAUGGACGAGUACCCACGAAUCUUGGAAAUUUACAGAACCUACAGCUUCUAGGUUUUAAUAGAAAUCAGUUGACAAAUGAUCCUUCAAUGCUCGAAUUGGAUUUUCUUAUUUCAUUGAAAAAUUGUAGAAAGUUGAAGCACAUACAAUUUGGAAACAAUUAUUUUGAUGGAAUAUUACCAAAAACCUUGGGUAAUUUGUCAGCGUCUGUUGAAAUUUUUAGUGCCAAUCAGUGUGGUAUUAAAGGUAUCAUUCCAAAUGAAAUUGGUAAUCUGAGCAACUUGAUCCUGUUAAGCACUGGAGGGAAUGGAUUGAUAGGAAGAAUUCCUGACACAUUGGGUCAAUUAAGAAAAUUGCAAGUGCUGAGUCUUCGUGGAAAUAAACUACGGGGACCAGUACCUAGUGGCCUUUGCAAUUUGGAAAAUCUGUAUGCUGUAUCUUUGGAGUCAAAUCGGCUUUCUCAACAGAUACCAACUUGUUUAGGAAAUCUAACCACUUUACGAGAAAUUUAUUUAACUUCCAACUCAUUGACUUCCACUAUCCCAUCUACAAUGUGGACUAACAAGGACAUUCAGAUUUUGAGUUUAGCUAAUAAUUUGCUGAAUGGGUCGCUGGCUCUAGAGAUUGGAAACAUGAAGAACAUGCAAGAGUUAUAUCUAUCAGGAAAUCAAUUCUCAGGUAAUAUUCCUCGCACUAUAGGACAGCUUCAAAGUUUGGAAAAUCUAACAUUAUCAAACAAUCAAUUACAUGGUCCUAUACAUGAUUCGUUUGGUAAUCUGAUUUCAUUGAAAUUUUUGGAUUUAUCCAUGAACAAACUCGAUGGUGUAAUCCCCAAGUCAAUGGAGAAACUUCAGGACCUUAAGUAUUUCAAUGUUUCGUUCAAUGAACUAACGGGUGAAAUUCCAAAUGGAGGGCCUUUUAAGAACUUUACCUCUGAUUUUUUCAUUGGCAAUGGAGAAUUAUGUGGAGCAUCUCAAUUUAAGGUCAAGUCAUGUAAUACAACUCGAUUAUCAAGCAAUACCAGAUUUUUGAAGUACAUUUUACCACCAAUUGCUGUUGUAUUGAGUCUGGCCAUUACUGUUAUUUAUUUAAUAAGACGCCGUAGCAGAAAUACACUUCUUCCAACUCAGCCUACUUCCCCCAUCACUGUCAAGAGGAUUUCAUAUUAUGAAGUGCUAAAUGCUACAAAUAAAUUUGGUGAAGAGAAUCUGAUUGACAAAGGCAGUAUUGGUUCAGUUUACAAAGGAACAUUUUCAGACGGAAUGAUUGCUGCUAUUAAGAUUUUUAAUCUUGAUUUGGAAGGUGCAAACGACAGUUUUGAUAUUGAGUGCACAAUAUUGUGCAACAUUCGUCAUAGAAAUCUUGUCAAGGUAAUUAGUAGCUGCUCUAACCUUGAUCUUAAAGCCUUGGUGAUGGAAUAUAUGCCUAAUGGAAACCUUACCACAUGGCUAUCUUCGAGCAACUAUUUCCUAAAUUUAGCUCAAAGAUUGGAAAUAAUGAUAGAUGUGGCAUCUGCGCUAGAGUAUCUACAUUAUGGGUAUCCCUCUCCAAUUGUCCAUUGUGAUUUGAAGCCGAGCAACAUACUUUUAGAUGAAGAUAUGGUUGCCCAUGUAGCAGACUUUGGCAUUGCCAAGCUUUUCACUAAAGACCAGAGAAUUUUGAUUACCAAGACGUUGGGCACCAUUGGAUAUAUGGCUCCAGAGUAUGGAUCAACUGGAUUAGUGUCAACUAUGGCGGAUGUUUAUAGUUAUGGGAUUAUGCUGAUGGAAACAUUUACCAAGAAGAAGCCAACAGAUGAUAUGUUUGUCGGAGAGUUCACAAUGAGGAAAUGGGUGCUUGAAUCAUUCCCAGAUGAAAUAAUGCACAUAGUGGAUGUCGAUUUAGUGAAUGCUGAUGAAGAUAAUAUUCGAGCUAAGGAGAGCUGCUUCAAAUUAAUCAUGGAACUAGCACUAGAAUGCACGACUGAUUUGCCAGAGGAUAGACCCAUUGCUAAAGAUGUUCUAACAAGGCUCAAGAAGAUCAAAAUUUAA